UCUGACGAGAGGGGGUGGAGUUUACGGAGCCGGUGGGCGGUGGGCGGUGCUGCCGGUAGCUGGGUGCUGUCCAAAGGCACUGGGCGUCGCUAGGGGAGCGAGCUGGGACCGGCUGGGCCGCACUUAGCGUGGGACGAAGCUUAGGCUACUGUUUGACUACGUGAGGCCUUCCCUUCAUGUCGGCCCUCGAGAAGAGCAUGCACCUCGGCCGCCUGCCCUCUCGCCCACCUCUCCCCGGCAGCGGGGGCAGUCAGAGCGGAGCCAAGAUGCGAAUGGGCCCUGGAAGAAAGCGAGACUUUUCCCCUGUUUCUUGGAGUCAGUACUUUGAGUCCAUGGAAGAUGUAGAAGUAGAAAAUGAAACUGGCAAGGAUACUUUUCGAGUUUACAAGAGUGGUUCAGAGGGUCCUGUUCUACUCCUUCUGCAUGGAGGAGGCCAUUCUGCCCUUUCCUGGGCUGUGUUCACGGCGGCGAUCAUUAGUAGGGUUCAGUGUAGGAUUGUGGCUUUAGAUCUGCGAGGUCAUGGUGAAACAAAAGUCAAGAAUUCUGAAGACCUGUCUGCAGAAACAAUGGCAAAAGAUGUUGGCAAUGUGGUUGAAGCCAUGUAUGGGGACCUCCCUCCUCCAAUCAUGCUGAUUGGACAUAGUAUGGGUGGUGCUAUUGCAGUCCACACAGCAUCAUCUAACCUGGUGCCAAGUCUCCUGGGUCUCUGUAUGAUUGAUGUUGUAGAAGGUACAGCCAUGGAUGCACUUAAUAGCAUGCAGAAUUUCUUACGUGGUCGUCCUAAAACCUUCAAGUCUCUAGAGAAUGCCAUUGAAUGGAGUGUGAAGAGUGGUCAGAUUCGAAAUUUGGAGUCAGCCCGUGUCUCAAUGGUUGGCCAAGUCAAACAGUGUGAAGGAAUUACAAGUCCAGAAGGCUCAAAAUCUAUAGUGGAAGGAAUCAUAGAGGAAGAAGAAGAAGACGAAGAAGGAAGUGAAUCCGUAAACAAGAGGAAAAAGGAAGAUGACAUGGAGACCAAGAAAGACCAUCCGUACACUUGGAGAAUCGAACUGGCAAAAACAGAAAAAUACUGGGAUGGCUGGUUCCGAGGCUUAUCCAAUCUCUUUCUUAGUUGUCCUAUUCCUAAAUUGCUGCUCUUGGCUGGUGUUGAUAGAUUGGAUAAGGAUCUGACUAUUGGCCAAAUGCAAGGAAAGUUCCAGAUGCAGGUCCUACCCCAGUGUGGUCACGCAGUCCAUGAGGAUGCCCCAGACAAGGUAGCUGAAGCUGUUGCCACUUUCCUGAUCCGGCACAGGUUUGCAGAGCCCAUCGGUGGAUUCCAGUGAGGCCUCAGCUAAGAAUACAGAAGGGUGCAAGUAAAAUUCCCUUCCCUGCAUGACAAAAUUUAGUGAUUUAGUGAGAGGAUUUCCAGAAUCUUGGCACACUCAGCAGAAAUACUGAAGAUGUGACCAGGUGCUCACUGAGGCCCUGGAGGAAGCUGGAUAUCACAUCAGAACCCUUUCCUUAGAGGCCACAAGCUCUGGGAAGCAGAAAUCCUGAAGUGCAUGGUGCCGGGACAGGGCAGAGACAACACAGCAUCCAACCACGCAGUCCUUCAACUGUGUGCCUUCUUUGUGUGCGAGACACACACUCCCGCCCUUGUUGAGAAACCUGAGCCAAGUUGCCUGGAAUGUGCUCUGCAUAAGUGCUCAAACAUUACAGUCACUUAUCAAUACAGCCUUAGCUAAUGCUAGGCCUUCUGCCGGGAAAUGCUUCUCCUCAUUAGACUCUACCUAUAAAAAUUCUACCAGUCCUCCAAAGCACAGCUCAAAAGAUGCCUUUUUAUCCAUUUAUCCAAAAAUAUUUGCUGAAUGCCUACUUAUUUGAACCAGACCUUCUUCUGGGGAUACCAAGAGGAGGAAGGAGUGCAGAGUUUAGUGCAAGCAGCCAGGCAAAUAAACAAAUACUGAAAUUCAGUGCAAUGGGGGCUAUUAGAGAAGCAUGGACAAAGUACAGUGAGAUCCUUAAAGCACUCACCCUGCAGGGAAAACAACUGACCACAAAUGACUUGACUAAUUUCAAUUUGAGAAACGUGUUAUGAAGAAAAUAAGAUCAGUUAACAUGAAAGAAAACGGCUGGCAGUUCGCAUGGUCAGGGAAGAAAGGUCUGUAGUGACAUUGAGCCCAGAGUGGGAUGACGAGAAGCAUUUGGCCAUGGGGGCAAUUUGAGGGAGCAGCAAAUGCAAAGACCUGAAAGGUGGGAAUGAUGCUGAUGACGAUGAGCAUAGCGGUUUUAGGAACAAAAAGAAUGUCAUGUGUCUGGAAUAUAACGAGAGGGGACUGACUGGUGGGAGGUGAGCCAAGUUGAGAUUAUAGCAUAAAUACAAUUUAUAUAUAUAUUUUUUAUUCAAUGUUAUAAUGUAAGAAUAUUCUUGGUUGUGAAAAAUGAUUUGUAAACAUUUUUAAUGGCUGUAUUAAAAAAUCAUCAUAUUAAAAAAAGAAGAAAGUUUCAUUCUGCUUGAAAAAACAAUCCUAUGAGGUACACUCCUGUUAAGGAGACAGUCCCUGCUCAGUCUUCAGAAGUCAGUGGGGAGAAGGGCAAAAAGCCAUGGGAGUUAGGCUAGCCCCCUCCUGUAGGUGUCCUCAUUGCCACUUCUAGGCCCCUGUGGUCAAGGCUCAGAGUGGCAAAAACCCCACUGACCAAACCCCAGGGACUACUGAUAUAUCC